ACACCAGAAUGACGUCAUGAUUCUGACGAAAUUCGUGCCAGUGUCUCAUGGCGUCCAGAUAGUUUCCGAAGGUCCUACACAGAGUGGGACCUGAAACAUGUCAGCUGUGGGACUAUGCGAGUAAUACGUCAGCUGUGGGACUACGUCAGUAACAUGUCCGCAAGUCCGCACAAGUUCUCCGCAGCGAAAGACCCUUCAGGUGAUGCAGGUGAAUGGUCAGUGGAUGAGUCUCAUAUGUCUGUCUGUUUUCUGGAGCCAGAGCGGAGUCGAAUCAGCACAGGCUGCGGUAAAGGUUUCUACGGCCUCAACUGCAGCCUGACGUGCGGCGAGUGUCGUAACGGGGAAACGUGCAACAGCAUCUCUGGCUGGUGUCGGAAGGGAUGCCGUAAGGGAUGGACGCCAGACACGCUGUGUAAUAAAGCGAUUCACAAAAAGUGUACGGGUGGGUGGGACUGCAUUCCAUGCGGACACUGCCUGACGGCUGAUGGCUGCAACUACACGACAGGCCACUGCACUGAUGGGUGUCAACCCAACUGGCACGGGAAGGGCUGCUUCCAGGAAGGUACAGGGAGUGGUGACGACUAUUCGCCCUUUUGGGUCAACUUCUUUUUUCCCAUUCUCCUCUUACUUCUGUGCAUCAUUGUUGUCUUUUUUAGUUUCUGCGACCAGAACAAAGACCAUCAAAGACACCGGCGGUCCUCGGAACCAGACGACCCUCCCGCGGGGAUGCCCCACCGGUACCUGGCGUCGCGGGAAUCCAUUGCGAAGUCACAGCGUUUUGGCCGCUCGUUUGCUGUUCCUGUGGAAUCGGAUCGGCGAAACGCGAUGGUACCCGGACCGGACCCGACGGACCCGUUUCGGCUCUUGUCCCACAGCCAGGUGACCAUGGUAAACAUCUCCACUGCCGAGAGUGGCUACCGAUGGAAGAAGAAAUGGAAGCUGCUCAAGGGGGUGACAAAGGAAAUGCGUCAGGAGAAAUGGCUGAAAGUAAAAGAUCAUCGGAGAAGACGUCAGGAAAGGGAGAGUAUAUCGAGCGAGAACCGAAGUAGCAUCAUACCGGAGGUGAACGAAGAGCCAGAGACUGCUGUUUAAGGGUGUACAGACGAGAGUGAAACUCGGCAAAUGAGUAUUCCUACCCUGUUACCCUCACCACAGGAAGAAAAUGCCCCAGAGUCUUUGAACUCACCGUCACAACCGUCUUCCAAGUGUGCAGUACCCAGUGAUCCCACGUGCACACCUUGCACCGCACUGAAAGGUCGAGACACCUGCGAUGGAAUGGCAUGCUGGGAGCAGCUUGGUCCCCAAGGCACGUGCAUCGGUGCUGUCCUCCGGCGCAGUCUCACCCGUUCGCCGUGACCUCUGACCGUGCAAGUUUGCCGCCAUCAUCAACCUGUCUAGACAGGUUACAGCGGGCUGGGGAGGGAUGCUUUGGGGAUGUAAGGGAGGGUAUUCACCCCCAUAAAGAGUACAGAAAGCGCCGUCAACAGGCAGACACAGUUGUCCUUACGGGUGCUACCAAGCAAGUGCUUUUUCAAGAUCUAACAGAUCAACUUGACCACUGAUGCAGGUUUCUCCGACCUUUAUUUAUUUAUUUAUUUAUUUUUUUUAUUUAUUUUUGCAUUCACGCUUCCUCCACCCACUCUCGCAUAACCCGCACCCCAGACAUAACAUUGUUAAAGACAUAACAAGAAUAAAAAUUCUUUGCUGAAGGCG